UACAGCCCCUGCCCAGCUCAGGAAGGACAGGACCGGAAGGGAGAGCUGGGUCGGUCACCUCUUCCGUCCCCUGUCCCUUUCAGUCCACAGACACACUCGCUCAGACCCACAAACUCUCCCGACAGAAGCGGGCAAGCGUGUGCCUCUAGACAGCAGCCCCAGGAGGUGUGUCCGCGUCACUUACGGAAGUUAUGAGGGACCCUGUGAGCAGCCAGUACAGCUCCUUCCUUUUCUGGAGGAUGCCCAUUCCAGAACUGGAUCUGUCAGAGCUGGAAGGCCUGGGUCUGUCGGAUACAUCCACCUACAAGAUCAAGGAUGGCAAAGCUGGCAAAAUGGCUGGGCAAGCAGCUGGAGCAGAGGAGAAAAACCUGGACGGCGAGGCCCUGCUCGAGUACAGCACCUUCAACUUCUGGAGAGCGCCCAUCGCCAGCAUCCAUGCCUUUGAACUGGACUUGCUCUGAUGCCCUGACUUCUCUCUCCCGCCGCCUGGCCCUCAUUAUCUCCUCUCCAAACCCCUCCUGUCCACCCUUUGCCCAUUUAACCUCGCUCUCCCCUCUUCUGUGUUGAGGUGGUGCUGAUGAACCUGCCAGUCGUGUUGUAUUUAUUUAUUUAUUAUUUAUUUAUUUAUUUAUUUAUUUAUGUAACUAUCUUCCCAGUUCUCUCAAAGGCCCGCAAGCCACCUAGGGGCUCAAGCAAUGGAGGAAUGGGCGUGGGGGCACCAGAGAGGAGGCCAGUAGUGUGAAAUGGAGGACUGGUCUUCACUUUAAUCAGCUUCAGAGAUCGCCUUCCUAAUUUGCUGCUACACGCAGUGAACACAAGCAUUUCUUCCAGGGUUGAUGAAAACCAGGUAGAUUUUGAGAUUAUCUCCUAGGAGGCAGGAUUUCUAGAAGGCUAAGGUGAUAAGGAAGAUUUGCUUGUUUGAUCCUAUUCCUCCUUGUAAUACACUUUUUCCUCAGAGAUUGGGGUUAAGGUUACCUAAAACAAAAGGAGCUGAUACGUUCUGGAAAAUGAGAAGCACCGAUGGCGAGCUGUGCUCUCAAAAGGGUGUCCCUUCUUCGAGUUAGCUCACUGGACAGCCUGGCUCCCCACUGUGGGCCGAACCGAGGAAAUCAGUUUUACAUUGUAAGCUGCAGCCCCGCGGGCGGGAGUAACCAUCUGUAAGGUUCUGCCCGCUUCCCAGGCACAGGUUUCCUGGCCGGUGUUAGUCUUGCCUCUGCUUCGCCAUGUCCAGCACCGCCUGGGCCUCGGCUCAGGAAUGAACACCCCUGACCCGCACCUCCCCGCCCCCCUGAAGUGUUGCUGCUGAUUGUGCUGCCCUGACUGUUUCUUUAAUAAAGACAUGCAACCCCAGCUCCGCGCCUCUCUCAGGGAAGCGGCUGCGCCUCAGGGCCUCAGGGCCCGGCCUCCACCUUCUAGACCUUCCCUAGUGCUCGACCCUGAGUGACCAGAGUAGCCUUUAUACUCACGU